AUGUCAACCAUGGCAAUUGAUCUUGGGACUGAUUUCACCAAAGUCGCUGUUGUUCGGCCCGGGCUGCCAAUGGAAAUCGUGUUAGAUAGGCCUAUUAUUCUCUCACUGCUUUCGGAAUUUGCUUAUUUAAAAACGCACUUUCUCGUUAAGACUACACGGGACCCGACUGUUGUCUUUGCGGAAUUGCCCUCUAUAAUUGGAAAAACUCUUGAACACCCGGCAGUGCUUUCCUAUCGAAAACGAUACCCAUAUCACAAGUUGGUGUUUAGCUCUGAAUUUGGCCAGCUUGCUUUCGUCACCAAUGGCCGAGAAAUUACUGUGGAAACUCUUCUGGCUAUGUUCUUAAAGUACGUUAAGAAGACUGCAGAAACGUUUGCCGAUUCUGAACUGAAAACCGCAGUAAUCACCGUUCCAAGUUACUUUACCCAGGCCGAAAGACGAGCUUUAUUGAGGUCCGCAAGCCUUGCAAACAUCGAAGUUAUUCAACUGCUGGACGAUAACGUUGCAGUUGCACUUGACUACAUCCGUCCAAGGAUUAAGCAACUCGAACAAAAACCCGUCUACCUAUUCUGUGAUAUCGGGGCGACAGGAACUACUGCUACUGUUGUUUCUUAUCAAAUGUCCGAAUUGAAAGGUGACUUGCCAGGGAAGCACCCUCACAUCUUUGUUCUUAGUGCUGUGAGUGACGCCUCGCUAGGAAUCAAUGCUUUUGUCGACCGCCUGCAAGCCCACCUAAUGGAUGCCUUCAGAGAGCAGCAUAAUAUAAAGGCUGACAUUACGGCGGCACCUCGCACCGUCGCCAAAUUCAGGCGGGAAGCCAGUCGUGUGUUCAAAAUCCUCAGCGCUAAUAAAGAAAUCCAAUCCAUUGUUGAAGAAAUUUACGAAAACCACGAUCUCCGUCUGUUGGUAUCCCGGGAGCAACUUGAGGAGUUAUGCGCGGACCUCGUGCAACGCGUUCAGCGACCACUCCUCGAGGCACUUGAACUCGCUAAUACACCCGCAGAAAACAUCAAGGAGGUGAUAGUCUUUGGCGGUGGUUCUCGAAUCCCCGCAAUCCAGGAAGCAAUACUCCGAGCUACCAAGAAAGAAGCCCUCGGCAAGAGCGUGAACGCCGACGAAGCCGCGGCGAUGGGCGCAAUUUACCAGGCGGCAUACCACACACGUGGCUUCCUAGUUAAGCGCUUUGUUCUGCGCGAAUCAAAUCGAUAUCCCAUGGCGGUCACCUUUCCACGUAUUACAUCGGAUUCUAAUGCAGAUACGGCUGUUGGUGAAAUGGUCACUCGUGUGCUCUUUCCCGCAAACAAUCCCUUCCCACAGAAACGGACUAUAAAGUUUCCCCGUCUGCAGGAAGAUAUAACAUUUCAUGUACACUACGCUGACCCCUCGGAGAGUAUGAAAGACUACCUUGACGGAGCUGUGGGUGUCUUGAAUGCAAGCAUCUCGGGAAUUAAUGAAGAAAUGCAGAAAUUUGACCGGGAAGGUUACAAGCCCCAGGCAGUGAAGGCGCAUCUCGAAUUAGAUGCCAGCGGCAUUCUCCGUCUUUCAGAAGUCAACCUCAUCAUGUCACACGUGUCUCCGGAAGAUAAGGCUGACGAUAAUGCCUCCACCCUCAAGAAAUUUGCAGACGGUAUAUCGAAUCUCUUCGGCUCGAGUGAAGGCAAGGCUCCUGACAGGACGAACAUUACCGCGCCUCAGUCGCCCGAGUCGUCAUCUGACGGAGAAGACCCGGAACAAGCCAACCAGGUUGGUGAGGCCACUGCCCCACUGGUCGUUAGUCUAUCAUUGUUUUGGGUUCAUUCAGCGUUUUCUCGUUGUUCCACAGACGCAAUCUACCGAGCCCCCGAGGAAUCUUUCCGAGCCAGGCUCUUACACUCCAGUAAUUCCUCAAAAAAAGUCCUUCGUCUUCACACGGGCACCUUGCGACACACUGCACUGCACAGCGCCGAUGCACCACCACUCGGCGCUUUUUGCCGACCUCCACCCAAGCUUUUGUUGUUACUGUUUUUGUCUGCCCCGACGAUGCUUCAUCCGUUGCCAUUCCAUGUCAAAAUCCUGGACUACGUUAACCCCCCAAAGGAGUCGAUCGGCUCAUCUUUGGCCAUUCUGCAAGAAUAUGAAGACGCCGACAACGAACGCGACCUUCUUAACCGUGCCAAAAACGACCUGGAGAAAAUAAUAUUCGCGACCUUUGCCUACAUCGAUAAUGCCUUUGACAAUCACACGACCUCUGAGGAGUUAGACUCCCUUCGUCAGCUAACCAAUGAAAUUUCAGACUGGUAUGAGGAGGAGGGAUAUCAUGCCCCUCGAUCGGCGGUUGAGGAGCGUCUGACCAUGUUGCGUGAUGCCAUAGACCCCUUCUUACGACGAGUAAAGGCCUUCGCAGAAUUGCCAAAUGCACUGGAUAGCUUUGAGGAAGUCUUGAACGCCAAGGCUCGCACAAUUGCCCUUUUCAUGUACGCCAACACCGCUGACAAGGCCAUCACAGCCUCCGAGUAUGUUCAAAACCUCAAUGCGUCAGUUGGCGGCUCAUUAGACGAUAAAAAGGUCGGGCUGCCAAUUUACACCGAUGAGGAGGUAGAUGUCUUGAGGAAACUCACCACCGAAAGCCAAAAUUGGCUGAAAAAAACCCGAGAAGCACUGGCGAUCUGUGACAAUAAGGCCGAUCCGCCUGUUCAUCUGUCGGAAGUUAUGGACCGCAAAGUCACUCUCUCCGCGAAACUCGAGUACUACGCCCACAAAGGAGAGGUUUGGUUAAUUACGUACAAACGCUUGCUCGAUAUCAAGAAAGCUGCCGCCGUAACAGCUACUGCCGCCCCUACAACUGAAGAAUCGGAUACUGGGGAUAAAUCAGCGACCAGUAAGUAUUUGCCCAAGCCAAGGGUGUUGUAG